AUGCAGUAUGUGCCAUUGAGAUCAAAGUAUAAGAUUGGCACUCGACAGAGUGAAUUGGCACUUGUACAAACUGAAAGUGUUAUUGAACAACUGCACAAAUUCUAUCCAAAUAUUGAAUAUGAAGUCAUUAAAAUCAAGACCAUCGGAGAUAAAAAUCUACUAGAUCCACUUGCGAAUAUUGGUGAUAAGGGUUUAUUUACUAAAGAACUCGAAGUUGAACUUGAUCGAAACAACAUCGAUUUUGUUGUUCAUUCAUUGAAAGAUGUUCCAUCGACUGUUUUACCACCGAAUAUGGUUAUAGGUGCUAUACUUGAACGUGCUGAUCCUCGCGACGCUGUCGUUAUUGCUCCAUGGCAUAAGAAAACAUCAUUAAGUGAACUACCACAUGGAAGUGUUAUUGGUACGAGUUCCACACGUCGUAUAGCACAAUUGAAAUUGAAUUAUCCUCAGUUUACCUAUAAGAAUAUACGUGGAAACAUGAAUACACGUUGGGAGAAACUAAACAACCGAGAACUAGGAUAUGAUGCAAUGAUUGCAGCUGUAGCUGGUUUACAACGAUUGAAAUGGAAUGAUAGAAUUAGUGAAAUCAUAGAACCCGAUCGAUUGCUCUACGCCAUUGGGCAAGGCGCGUUAGGUAUCGAAUGUCGACAUAACGAUAUUGACACAAUUCGAAUGUUAUCAGUAUUGAAUCAUGAACCAACAGUAAUUCGUUGCAUUGCUGAACGAGCAUUUCUUCGACGAAUUGGUGGUGGUUGUAGUAUCCCCAAUGCUGUACGUACGACGUAUAUCGAGAAAGAACUGGUGAUGGAUGGCAUGUUGUUAAAUCUUGAUGGUUCACGUUUUGUAAAGGAUCAUGUAGAAAACUUGGAUUUAACUAUUCCAAUAACAACAACGAAGCAUGUGCCAACAUUUUUCGUGCCACAUUCUGAUGACGAACUUCUCUUAGCGGAUGAUGAAAUGCAAGCAGCAGAUCGAAGAAAUUUGAAACGUAAACGUACAGAAUCGGAUAUUGAUUCUGUUCUUGUUCCUCCACCUGCUCAACAACCACCUUCACCACCACUAUCAACGACUUCAUCAACAGCAACAACGUCAGCAGCAUCGACAGGCACUGAAACAGUAUCUUUACUUCGUCAUUACGCUCACGUAUGCGGAGUUAAUAUAAAUGAAACAAUCUUAGAAAAUGCGGAAUUGUGUGGUACAAAUCUCGCUGUUAAAUUGAUGCAAUUAGGUGCUGAUAGUAUCCUAGAAGAGAUUCAACAAAGCUCUGUCAUUAUCCCUACGCCAUAG